AUUUCUGAAUUCGACGACGACACUAUCCUAUAAUUAAUAUAUCUUGUACAUUAGAUUCAUGGCGAAACUAAUAAGGUGAUGUAAUUUCAGCUGAUUGUUUUUUUGUCCAUGGAAAUUCAGCUCGAAGUUGUCAAACUCCAAAUAAUAAAAUUUUCCCUCAAACCUGACGCUUUCAAACUACAUAAAAAAAAUUUCAUGAAUUCGCCGCAAAAUGAAUUGACUUCACCUUAUAGUCUAUUCGCCUUGAUUAUAUUAUUAAUUUAGUUUGUUUUAUUCACACGUCAAAACAAUCGCGGUACCUUCCGAAUAAACCAGAUUAUUUUUAACUACUGAACAUGAACGAAUAAAUUAAAUACAUAUGUAUGUACUAUAUUAAUUUAUAAAUAUACCAGUGUAAAAACAGUAAAAAAAUAUGGAUAUAUCAUAAGAUAUAUGAACAAAGUGUGUCAAUAAUAAAGCAGUAUAAAUAGCAAACCUAAAAAGUCGCCUUACACAUAGAAAACAAAAUGUCGAAGCAACGUUUAUCAGCUUUAAAUGAUGAUGGUGUUCUGCUUUGCGGGUAUUACAAAAAGUUAAAGACAAUGAAGAAAAAAUUUUUUGUGUUGUAUAACGAAACUCCAUGUAAGGUAGCACGAAUAGAAUACUAUGAUACUGAAAAAAAAUAUAAAUCGGGUUUUACUCCGAAACGAAUAAUUAAAAUUAAAAAUUGUUUUAAUAUUAAUCGCCGGUUUUACACAAAGCAUGAUUUUGUUAUUGUACUUGCAUCAAAAGAAGGUGGAUUUGGAAUUGUUAUGGAUUCAGAAGAUGAAAUGAACACCUGGCUAAACCAUUUGUUGCAUUUACAAAGAUCAGGAGAAACAUGUUUUGAUUUUCCAAAGUUUGAUUAUGUCUGGCAAGCCGUAAUACAAAAGAAAGGAAUAGCUGAACAACAAAAUAUUUUUGGAAGUUACCAUAUAUGUCUUACUAACAAAUCAGUUACAUUUAUAAAAAUAGGUCGUGAAAAAAAUGUGUCCGAUAAAAAAAUUACUAGAAUUGAGGUUUUACUUACAACAAUACGCAGGUGCGGAGACUCCCAGUGUUAUUUUUAUAUGGAAAUUGGAAGACAAAGUUCGCUUGGUCCAGGCGAGUUAUGGAUGGAGACAGAAGAUUCUUUAACAGCUCAAAAUAUGCAUAGAAUGAUUCUAAGGUAAAUUAUAACAAAUUACUUAAU